UAUUCAUGCUUGACUGGAGACAGUACCACCACUGGCACCUCUCUUAGUCCACAACUCUGCAAUAGAGAUGUAACUCUUCACAAUUACAGGGAAGGAAUGCUGGAUUCCUGAGCCAUGUUGCCUAUUCCUUCCAUAAAGUACAUUUUGGUGGUCUUGUCUCUUAAAAGAAACAUUUGGAUUAUCAGGAGGUAAAGCCUCCUCAGAUAAUGCAUUUGUGGCUCUUCCUGUUACCCGGGCAGCCGUGUCUCCCUCAAGCAGAGUGCUCUGGUGUCCUCUGAUAUAAUGGAGGCACUGAAAUCUGAGAGUGUCAACCGCAGGAGCAGCACCAGCCGCCGAACGCCAUCCACACCCCAUGCAGGAGCCAGCCAGGACCUGGCAGCCACUAACCACCUGUUCCGAGCCCCAGACUGGAGGAGGAGGGCCGGGGAGUGGAGCCACUGGGGAGGCCUGGGGGAGGGCAGCAGGGAGAGUGGGCUUCCUCCGCACCGGCAGCAGACGGCCCGCACUCAGCAUGCCCGCAGACCAGCGAGCUGCAUUGAGGGGGCCAGAGGAAUGGACGGUUGGCUGCAGCAGCUGGAGGAGAUGCAGAGGAGACGCAGCUCGGCCGCUGGCGUCGGAGCUAGUCUUGGUGGCUAUUCCAGUGGCUCUGGUGUCCCUGUAGUGCCUCCUCUAUCGGACCGCACUGUGUCCAUGCCUGUACUUCCCGACCAACCGGCAGCGGGGCGCUUCAUUCGCCACACCGCCUCCCCAUCUUCGCUUUACAGUGAGGACUUGCUACUAAGCCUCACAGACAGCCUGAGUGCCACCCCGCUGGGCAGCGACGAGUCGCUCUGGCCUCCGGAUGGAGCUGGCAGCAGUGAGACAGUUAGCAUCAGAGAGACACCCAGGGCCGAGUACACCAGCAUGAGCUCACUGACCGCAGUCAAGAUCGGCUGGCUUCCCAUCCAGAGGAGGCUAGUGGUGGAGAAUGCCACUAGCCACACCCAUCAACCUCAUACAGCUACCCAGAGUGCCCCAUGCCAGGUGAAGAUGAAGCCUCCUAUAACACCUGUCUUCACUAAAAGUGUGGUCAAGCCAAACGGCUUCGGACACCUGGAUGGAGCAGCAGAGAGGUGUCCGGCCACCGCCCCUGUCAAGACGUGUGUGCCGCCAGGACCGACCGCUGCCACUUCCUCCUCAGGCCUUCUUGUUCAGUCUGCCAGCAGGGAGCAGCGUGCUCCAGUGGAGAGAGACGCCGGCAGCCCCCAGCCCUGGCGCCUUCCCUGGAGGGCCUGGCCAGAGGGCAGAGAGGCCCCCGCGUGGGUGGACUCUUCUGGAAGACCCACUCUGCCCAGGAGCAGCUGCACACCGCCCCCCUCCGAGACACCGCGGCCGGCUCUCCACAACAACCCCGCCAGGGCCAAGCCGGGCUUCUCCUCCAUCACCAUCACGUCCAGGAAGGUGACUCGCUCCGCUAGCCUCCCCGAGUCAGGCGCCUCGUCGAGUCCGGAGCGGCCGCGGUCGGCCAGCCCAGCGGGCAGCAUGAGCCGGACCGCUGGUUGUGCCGCCAUCCCCCUCAGACGCAGGGCUGUGGUGGUGAAGAUGACAGACAGCAGGGUGACCACCUCGUCCACCACCACAGGCCAGGGUGCUGGGCUACAGCGCAGCCCACAGACAGCCUUUAGUGCUGCACGUAGUGCAGUGGAUCCCAGAGAGGCUUACGGUGGGGAACCGGUGGUCCUCCGGAGGAAAGCCACCAUUGUGAAAGUGACGGAAGAGAGCGAGAGCUACAGACUCCGUCCGGUGCCAGGUGAAGGUCAGAAGGCCAGGAGGUCAGAGGUCAGGUACAGUUACACCGAGGGGCUGCAGCCCAUGCGCUACACCUCAGAUCCCCCAAGCCUCGCUUGGGGGGGAGCAGUGGGCGAGAGGAAUGUCCCUAAACUUCAUCGUUCCACUCUCUCCCUCCACGUCACGACUGCCCCCUGCACUGACACCCCAGGAGGUGAGCGUGUGGAUGCUGGCAGGUCCUCCGGGUCGAGGAGACCGGUGAGUUUCCAUGCAGGCAUAUUUUCCCAUUCCCAGCCUGCCUUGGAGUCCUUCUCGGAUCUCCUGCCUCGCGGGGAGAGACCAGGGCUUCCCGGAAAGACGGAUAUGGCGCCGUCCCACCUCACUUCAAGCAAGGUAUCCCCACCCGCGGGGCCUGUGAGAAGGGACGCCGGACACCCAGAGGCAAGGACUCUCCGACGAGCACAGGAGCUGACGCAGGGAAAGCCUCUGCCUGGGGCUACCUACGGGAGCCUGCCGCCACCCACACUCAUCAACAGCAGCGACUCCUCGCUGACCCCUGACACCAUCCUGGCCCACAAUGCAGCCGCCAUCAUCGCUAACAUCAAACUUCAGAGACAGCACAGUAAAAAGAAGACGUCUAGCGACAGCUCUGAGCCUGGGCCCCAGACAGGCCCCUCCAGAAGAGAGGCAGUGGAAGAUGCCGGGAAUCCUGGGAAUCCUCAGCGGCAUGAGCGUAACGAAGUGAGACAAGACAGCACAAGAGAGGGACUGCUGAGGCGUCCUUACGCUGAAUUUGUCCCUCUCUCUCUUGGUGUCACUCAGGAAGCUUCAAGUCUCAGAGAGGCCCUGCGGCUCCACAGGCCUAGCUUCAUCAGCCGCUCCGAGGCCCGAGUGCAGGAGCUCCAGAGCAGAGCCCAGCAGAGGAGGCAGCAGCAGCAGCAGGACAGGGCCCUCCCCAGCACUCAGCUGCCCCCACACGCCAACCACACCAGGGCAGCCCACACCAGGACAAACCCCCACAGCGAUAACCUUUUCAAAUCCAGAGAUAGAGCCGUUACGGGGAGGGAGACACAGCACAGGUCCCGGCGGAGCCACGUGGGCCAGUCGGAGAUGAAGCGCAGGAGGGAGGAGGAGAAAAGGAAGAGUGUGUCGCUGACCAACAGGCUACGGGUGGACAUCUUUAAAAAGAAACUGCUGGAUCAACUCCUCCACAGAGGCACUGACUGAGGAUCCACCAAAGACCAGAGCUCCUUCACCUUCUUCCCUCGGACCUCUCCUUGGAAACAUCUGGAAUCCUCGUCACCCACGCCAGCAGCUGCACCUCCAGUGGCUCCCUCAUGCUAUAUGCACAAUACCCCACUCCACAGACAGUAUCACGGAGGAGGGGGACAAAUGGUUUGACGUGAACAGGGGUUGCCUAGAGGAACCAGCCAGUGCCUUGGAGAUGGUUGUGAAGACACAGACAUGUCCUUCAUGCUGAUAAUAUGAUGUUCUCUAUGGCUCUGGAGAAGCUUUACCUGGGUGUCUGUUCUAGGGUGCAAAUGAAUGUGCUAGAGACCUUCUAUAAUGUGAACACAUCAUCUCAAUUGAAUGAGGAACAUGUUCUUGGACUGGCCAUAAAACAUAAUAUGAUCAUAAUAAUAUAAUAUAAAUUCAAAUGCAGCAUAGCUAAUGCGAUCAAGUCAUGUUACUUAACGCUGCUGUGCCGCAGUGUGUGUCCUUUGUGUGUAACCCAAUUUAUAUGUGUGAUGUCAUAUCCAUAAGGACCACACAGGAUCUCUGCAUUCUGAACUGAAUUCAAAGUGUCAUUAAAUUGACAUCUCUCUGCUGUCCUGCUACACGGGUGAGAUUCAUAUGUGAUAAAGACAA